GAGUGAGUUCUCCGUCAUGGAGCUGAGCACUGCACUGUUGCUGGGCCUCGUCCUUUUAGCUUUGUUAUGGAGGAAAUUCUCUCGACCAAAAGGCUUCCCUCCCGGGCCCCUAGCACUGCCUGUACUGGGUAACAUACUGCAAAUGGACUUUGCCAAUCCUUUAAAGGACCUGAGGAAGUUCUCCGAGGUGUACGGCCCAGUGUACAGCAUCUACCUGGGAUUUACCCCGGCUGUGGUCAUCCAAGGGUUGAAAGAGCUCAAAGAGGUUCUGGUGAACAAGGGAGUGGAUUUUGCAGACAGACCUCAUAAUAGAAUAAUAGAAGCCAUCUCUGGUAAUAGAGGUCUGGUGGUUGCACGCUAUGGACGAGCAUGGAAAGAACACAGACGCUUUACCCUGUCCACACUGCGAGACUUUGGUUUGGGCAAAAAGUCCAUGGAGGAGAGAAUUCACGAAGAGUGUGUAUACCUAAUUGAAGAAUUUAGGAAGAAUCAAGAUUCACUGGUUGACCCCCAUUUUGUUGUUGACAAUGCUGUAUCCAAUAUAAUCUGUUCCAUUGUGUUUGGGAGACGUUAUGACUAUGAUGAUGCCACUUUCCGAGAUAUUCUUAAUAUGGUCCAUGAAAACAUGAAGAUGGCCACUGGAUUUUGGGCACAGCUCUACAAUGCAUUUGGAUUUGUCAAACAUCUUCCAUUGCCACAUCAGAAGAUAUUCAAAAAUGUUAAUACGGUCUUUGCAUUCCUUGGAAAGGUUUUAGAGGAACACAGGAAAACCAGAGUACCUGGUGAACCCCGAGAUUACAUAGACUGCUAUCUGGAGGAACUUGAUAUGGUACAAGAAGAUAGUCACAAGUCAACUUUUGAUGCUGAGAACUUAUUCACGUGCGUGGGUGAUCUAUUUAUUGCUGGGACAGAAACUACCUCUGCCAGUCUGGAAUGGAUUCUAAUUUACAUGAUGGCAUAUCCAGAAUUUCAGGAGACGUGUCGGAGAGAAAUAGAUAAAAUUCGAGGAGACAGAGACCGUCUUGACUAUGAGGAUAGAGCAAGGAUGCCGUACACACAGGCUGUUCUACAGGAAGUCCAGCGAUUUGCCUCAGUUGUGGCACUAGGAGUUGCCCACGCACCCAUUAAAGAUGUUCAGCUGAAUGGAUACACUAUACCAAAGGGAACAUUCAUCAUCACAGAUCUGUCCUCACCGCACUACGAUGAGAAAUAUUGGAAGUAUCCAAAAGAAUUUAAUCCAGAGAAUUUCCUGAACAAGGAUGGAGAACUAGUGAAAGUAGAAGCGUUCCUUCCAUUCUCUGCAGGUCCCCGGGGUUGUCUUGGGGAGAAUCUGGCCCGGAUGGAGCUCUUCCUCUAUUUCACUACUAUGAUGACACACUUUGAAUUCCACUGGCCGGACCCCAAAUCUCCUCCAGACCUCACACCAGUUUUUGGUAUCUCACAGAAACCAAAGUGUUUCAAAAUGAGGCUAGCACCACGCAUAUAGAACGGACCAUAUGG